AUGGCUGAUGAACAGAUCAGAGACCUGAACUUGUCGGAGACCCAUACGUUGCUGCUCAUCAACCUUUACUUAUCACACGUACAGGGGCCGAGCUACGUUCCACACGGUGUUGAAUCAGCAUACAUCCACAUCAAUCGUGAUAUCGAAGAAGAUGACGACGCGUACAGUGAGGACGGGUUCUGCGCCGUCCCGGCCUCCAGCGACGCCAUCGCUGCGCUGCCGGAGACGACGGUGAGUGAGACCGAGACGAGGGAGGAGGAAGCAUGCGCGGUUUGCCUAGAGGGAUUUAAGGAGGAACCAUGGUCGCGCGACGCCUCCGACGAUGUCCCCGACACAUCGCACAUGUCGGACGAACAAUUUCAACAGCUCAUCGACCAGUACUGGGCAGAGCAAGGAUUCAACAUUUGGAGUUGGAUUCGUGCUUCCAGGACGUCGUCAAGUUCCACGCCGGGGCCAACCAGGCGGACGGCGGCGUCAUGGCUGGCCGUCACUUUCGACGGGGACGGCGUCGCGCGCUUCUCCGGCAACUCCGACCGUAGCGGCGGACUCGACGAUCAGGCCACCGGCGGCUUCAGCAUCGUGGACCUACUGGACGGUAUCCUACAACCGGACGACGACGGCAAUGGCGGUGGAGCUACGCCGGCGUCGAGCAUGGCGAUCGUGAGCCUGCCGGAGAUUACCGUCGGCGACGAGAAAGGCGAGGCGAAGGACUGCCCGGUGUGCCUUCAGGGCUUCGAGGAGGGCGACAAGCUGAGGAGGAUGCCGUGCGCUGAUUCGCACUGCUUCCAUGAGCAGUGCAUAUUCAGCUGGCUCGUGAUUAACCGCCAUUGCCCGCUCUGCCGCUUUCCGUUGCCUGCUGAGACGGAGGAGGAAGAAGAGGUGGCCCAGGCAGAGAACGACGACGACGAUGACGAUGGUGAAGAGACAAUCCUAUGCCUGCAUCGACUGUUCGCUAAUGCGGCUGAUUGA